AUGGUUGUCACCUUGCAGUCCUUGAUGGGGAAUCCCAUUGCCCCUCUGGUGGCAUUACCCUGCAGCGUUGUAAUACCAUCAGAAGGCAUUGCUCACACAGGUCUCCCAAGUUAUCUGCUUGGCGCCAGCUCGCGAGCAGUACUGCAUGCAAAUGCGAUGCACUUGAACCGAACUGAAUCAGACUGCAUUCGGUGUGCAAGCUUAUCGCCCUCACUGCUAGUAGCGUUCUUCUUGGAUUUAUUAUUUGUUCGAGAACAACCAAUUGCAACAUUACUGUGCCGCUACGACCGAGCACAGACUCCCGACCACGUGAGCGGUGACCUUGGAAGAGCAGGUAAUCCGGAAAGCCGAUCGCUCCAGAUGGAGUGCCGGCCGGAAGAGGUGGUUCACCCCUCCAAUACGCGGUUCCAAUCUCGGAUAACCGCGGGGAGUCUUUUUUGCCGAGGCGCCUUAAAGAGGGCAAUUGAAGCUCGUACGUGA